AGAAACCUUUUUCUUUCCUCUUGUCGUUGUGACCACUGACCACUUCAACACGGCAUUCGAAAAGUGCUUUCCGCUCAUCGGUGCUGACGCGGACAUACAGCGUGUCCGUGCUCUUCUUUUUAAUUACAUUAUAGAUAGAUCAAACCACACUCCAGCCGUACACACGAAAAUGUCCAUUCCACCACUACCGCCGCCGGCCGCCGUGCCGAUGCCGCCCCCUCCCCCAGCCGCUGCGGUGCCUCUGCCACCACCAACCGCAGCCGCCGUGCCGCCCCCACCUCCAUCCGCCGCUGUUGCCCUCCCGCCGCUUCCUUCCUUCGCGGUGCCACCGCCGCCACCGCCAGCAGCAGCGGUUCCCGCACCGCCAGCGGCGUACGCGACGGCGCCACCGCCGCCUCCAGCAGCGGCUGUCGUGCCCCCUCCCCCGUCUUCCGCCACAACAACCGCGGCACCCACUACGACGUCUCCUGCCGCCGCUGCUACUGUCGGUGCUGCGCCUCUCGUUGCUCCUCCGGCCCCUGCAGCGCCGAGUGCGCCUGCGCCGCCCGCCGUGCAGCCGAUAUCCGUCGAGUCGUGGCAGGCCCUGGAGAGUGCGGUGCGCCGUCCUCAGGCAAACGCGGAGGGCACCCGCUACCUGGAAGUGGAGGAGAAAGUGCGAGAUGAGGUGUGUCGGCUCUUCAUUCUGUCAGACUACGACGUGGGAUCGCUCAUGACGAACAUCGCCCAGAGCCUCCAGCACGUGGGCCGCCACGACAUCGGACUGCUGCGCAACGACAACGGCACCGCCUUCACGCUAACGCAGUCCGUCGCCUACGCGCGUCAAGGGAACACGGAAGUAGAGCAGCGCCGCAGUGCCGUGGCGGAUGCCGUUGAGCGCAUCAACCAAGUCGGCUCAAACGCGGAACAGCAAUUCGCACAAGCGGCACAGCAGCUGCUGCCCACCACAGCAUCCGCCACAGCAGCAGCUACAACGAAGGCGGCAGUGGCGUCCGGUAUAGCACCGUUGACGUUUCGCAAAAGCGCGUACGAGGUGCUCAUGGAGCAAAUCGCUGCGGCGCGACGCAGUAGUAGUCCGCAGGCCCGGCGCACCGCUUCCUGUGGCGGCCGGCCACGGCGCGCUGAAGGCAGGAGGGAAAGCGCUGAAGCCUCCUCCCACAGCUAUCUGCUGCAGCGCUACGGCGGCUCCUACGACCCGCAGCGGCAGUACAGUCACUAUCGUUACUACGGACUGCCGGAGUCAAAAUAA